AUGCUCAUUUUUUUAAGAAAAAAUCACAUUUUUUUAAUUCAGGACAUGAAUCUGAAUUACGAAUACAUUGCUGCUCAUAUAAGCGAUUAUAUUAAAAAUGAAAGCUUCUUUGAUACAUUUGACGUAGAAGAUAUCAGAAAAACCAUGAAAUAUUCAAAAUUAACAGCAGACCAGUACAUUACUCUUCUCAAACAAUCUCAUACAACUAUUAAUUCCAAGAAAUUAUAUACCUGCACACGAAAAGCGCAUGUUACUAUCCAAAACAUGGAAGAAAUUGUUUCAAUACUGAAAUCUAUCAAAAAAUACAUGAAAUUCAAAAUAUUCGAUGAUAUUAUUGACAUUUUAGAUAGAAAAGAGAAAGACACACUUGAUUCAAGAGCAGAAAUCCAAAAACAUCAAGAAAAAUUAGAAGAAAUUCAAAAACAAAGGCAAAGUACGGCCAAAGAAACAGAAGUCAAUAGAACUCAUGAAAAUAACAAUUUCUCAAGAGAAUUUUUAACUAAAAUCGCAAAACUUAAGAAAUCUAGAGAUUUUGAACAAGUUUACCAAUUCUUUUGGGAACUUUCUAUAAAAGGAAAUCAAGAAAUGAUUCAAAAAGCCUGUGAAGAAGGACUUUGGGAAAAGAAGGCAAAGUUUGGUGAUGAUAAUGUGCUUCAUGAAGCAUGCAUGAGAGGACAUCUCGAACUUGUCAAAUCACUCAUUGAAUGUAAUUUCAAUAAAGAAGUAAAGAAUGAAUCUGGAUAUACUCCACUCAUUUUAGCAUCAAGAUAUGGCCAACUUGAAGUUGUUGAAUAUCUUAUCUCUGUUGGAGCUAAUAAAGAAGCAAAGGAUAAUUUUGAAUAUACUCCACUCAUUUGUGCAUCAUUUAAUGGUCAUCAUGAAGUUGUUAAAUAUCUUAUCUCUGUUGGAGCUGAUAAAGAAGCAAAGAAUAAUUUUGGAAAUACUCCACUCAUUUUUGCAUCAAUUAAUGGUCAUCUUGAAGUUGUUAAAUAUCUUAUCUCUAAUGGAGCUGAUAAAGAAGCAAAGGAUAAUCUUGGAUGGACUCCACUCAUUUUUGCAUCAGAUAACGAUCAAUUUGAAGUUGUUAAAUAUCUUAUCUCUAAUGGAGCUGAUAAAGAAGCAAAGGAUAAUCAAGGAUAUACUGCACUCAUUCGUGCAUCAGAAAAUGGUCAUCUUGAAGUUGUUAAAUAUCUUAUCUCAGUUGAUGCUGAUAAAGAAGCAAAGGAUAAUCAAGGAUAUACUGCACUCAUUCGUGCAUCAGAAAAUGAUCAUCUUGAAAUUGUUAAAUAUCUUAUCUUUGUUGGAGCUGAUAAAGAAGCAAAGAAUAAAGAAGGGAAAACUGCACUCAAUGUUGCAAAAGGCGCAGUAAAAAAAUACCUAAAGAAGAACGGGGCCAAGUAA